AUGACCUCCACCAAACCUCUCUUCAAUGUUAACACAUCCAAUGUUACUAAACUCAAUGACGUCAACUACCUGAUGUGGAGUCUCCAACUCCAUGCUUUGAUUGAUGGCUAUGAACUAGCCGGCUACCUCGACGGAUCUCAUCCUGCGCCGUCUCCUACUGUCACCGUUGAUGCUGUCGUCACACCAAACCCGGAUUACACCUUUUGGAAACGCCAAGAUCGCCUCCUCUACAGUGCCUUGCUUGGUGCAAUCUCUCCCACAGUGCAACCGCUGGUGUCGCGUGCCGUUACCGCUGCUGAGGUUUGGACAACUCUUGCUUCCAUUUUCGCUAAACCGAGUCGCGGCCAUGUUCAAGGGAUCAAAACUCAGAUUAAGGUAUGGACUAAAGGCAACAUGACUAUUGAUGAGUAUGAUCAAAUUGAGAAAAUUCUUGAAGGUCUUCCCGAAGACUACAAGCCGGUUGUUGAUCAGAUAGAGGGAAAGGAUGUUCCUCCUACGAUCCAUGAUGUCCAUGAACGUCUCCGUAACCGUGAGUCUCGUCUCCUUGCCGCUGCCGCUGUCACUCCGACCCCGUUCCCGGUCUCCGCGAAUGUUGUUCAUCAUCGUAUGGACAAUGCAAACGUCACCAAUAACAACAACACCAACACUCGCAACAAUGGUCGCUCCCGCAACCAUUCUCAACAGUCUUGCUCCUUCAACAACAAUAACAACAACUGGCAGCCCUCUCAAUAA